CAAAUAAUUAUUAGCCUUUUAUAAAAAAUGUGAAAAUCAAGAUCAUUAUUAUAUUAUAACUCGUAAAAUCAGUCAAUCGCUUUCAGCCUGUGGUGCGAGAAAUAUCUCCUUGCAGAAAUAAGUCGCUCUGAUGUUAACCACUCAUGCGCAGUGGUGAAUACACAGCAGGAAAACCUUGGAGGAAGUAUUCUUCCUCCUAGAGGAAAACACAUUAAUUUGCCUGGUUUUGUUCUAGUUCGACCACUUGUGAUUUUUGUGAUGGUUGAUAUUGCCCGCAAGAAAACAACCAACAAACCAAACAAGCAAGUGGUGUAAUUCUUUCUAAAAUCAGCUCUGUUCGUUUGUUAUUAACCCUUCUCUUGAUUAAAAAUGUUAUUUUCUGAUGUAUUUGUCAUGUAUUGGAACCGAAACAGGCAAAGUAAACGAUAGCAGUGAGUGAGAUAAAGGAUAAACAAGCAAGCUGCCUCUCCACGAGCUAUUUUGCGGGUGCGAGCUUGUUCCUACAACACGGUCAACACCGCUUUGAGGCAGGCGAGUCACGCACAGCAAGACCCCUCAAUGGGUUCGUAAUAUCCUAUAGCGUAACCUGUGGUGAUACUUAUGUUAUAGUGACGCAAACGGCCACAAUACUCCUAAAAGGCCAGCAGCUGUUGAGCCUUCACGCCGGUGGUGCGGGGCGCGAGGCCUCGCCGUCGCCGAGCCUCGUCUCGAGUAGCUGUGGCGGGGCGAGCCAGGCCACGCGCGGCACCCACAGGCACCCACAGGCCACUGCCCGGCCAUGGCCGAGUGUCUGCAGGGCCAGGAGUCUCGCCAGGACCCGGAUAAUCUCCAUCCCGGCCUGGUGCCCCUGAUCCUGCCCCCGGGGGUGACUGCUGACAUAGCGGCGAGGCUCACAACAAGUAUCCUGCUGCGCCGUGCUUAUUGCACCUCUAGGCCGUGGGAUCAGUGGAUCCUUCUCGCCUCCCUCAAAAUCCUCCAUGGUCAGGCAACUCCUAUGCUGGAUUCUGUGAGUCUUCACUUACUUCAAGGGACAUCAAGUGAAAAGUUUGCUGAAUGUGACUUUGCUGAUGAGGCAGAAGAGAAUGCUGACCCUCAGCUGACUGAAGAACAAGUAAAAGGAACAGAAAUCAAUUUAGGGGGAAAGAAUUAUGCAGUCAAAAAUGUAAUUAGUGAUGGUAGAAAUAAAUCAGAAGUAAACCACAACUCCCCCAAAAGUAAUCUCAUAGGAGACAGAAAUCUUGAUGUAAAACCCACUCCCCAGAGUAAGAGUUCCCAUGAGAACACCCUCCCCCAGGCAAGUAGUUCUCCUUCAACACACACUGAUGUCAUUGUAACUAAAGACACCUUAGAAUAUAACAUUAAAUCUCCUAAAGGAAAUAGCAUGAAUGAAAGCAAAACACCUCCUGCAUCUAGUUAUGUUUCAUGGAAACAAUAUAGUCUACAUAAAGAUAAAAGUCCACAAAAAAAUAGUAAUAAGACCUCCGAGGAGUCUCCUCAAAAUAAAGAGGGAAGUCUUGUAGAAGCAAGCCAGAAUUACCACAAAAAGCACAACCCUGGUGAAGAUAAAGGACUCAGAAAAAUACACAAUGCUUGUCAGAAGAAAAGCACUUUUAUCAAAGAUAAAAUCCCUACUGAAACAUACCUUUCUUUCAAGAGCCCUGAAGGUAGAGGUGUUACUCAAGUAGAUGCUAGUAUGCAGGUGACACCAAGGAAGCUAGGAAUCUAUUUAAACAAGUGGGCUCAGGUCAAGCUUCCUCGAAAAGCUGAACAAGGAGUUCAGACAGAAUUUUUGCUGAACUCUGGAGCACCACAGACCAAAAGUUCAGGGACCCAGACUCGUUUUCAGGGACAUGGUCAUUUGUCAUCAGCAUCUAUUGAAAAGGAAGUUCAGACAGUUCUGAUUAUUAAAAAGGAUAAAAGUACCCAGGUUGAUCAUAAAGCCAAGACAGGGAGUCAACCGUCACAUCUGGUGUGGAAGAUGGUUUCUGUGUCAGGUUUACCAAAAGAAUGUAAUCACUGGGCUCAUGGGAGUAAGUGGGAGGUAAAGAAUUGGGGUCGUACUCGGAAGGAUAAUAAUCACAAAGCCCUCGGUGAGAGUCUUGAGGACAGUGAAGCAGAGAGUGAUGGUAGGAAAGAUGGGUGGCUCUUCCAUGGGCGGCCCUUGUUGAACAAUGAUCAGACAAAGCCAGUGGAUAUUCCCUUAGAUUGUCUGGCAAGUCUAAAUGAUUUUGCCUUGCUAGAUCCAAGGUUGUCUGUUUUAAGUUAGAUCAAUUGCAAAUUGACCUUCAUUUUUUUUUAUUAAAUGUACCUGAAUUUAAACUGUAUCAUCUAUC